UUUUUUUUUCCUUCUUAUUUUUGGCCUUUUUUGUCUCCAUUUUCCUUGGGGAAAGGAACUGCCUGCUACUCCGGCUCGGGUUCCCCACUGCAGUCGUGGCAGUGCCGUGGAGGCUGGGACCCCCGCUCUGAGCCAAGGUGAGCGCUGUCUCUGAUCGAUCCAGCAUCGUCCUUUUCCCCCUGGAAAGAGACCUUAAAGAAGUCCAAAAAGAGUGUGAGGUCAAACGGCAAGGUGCCAGGAUGCUAUGAGAUAGUGCCCCUGUCCCUCAAGAAGAAGAUGGCUGCAGAACUUUAUCCUGCCAGCACCAACACCAACAUCGCAAACAGUAACGCCGCCGCCGCCACCGCUGCCAACAGCAAGAAGAACGCCCUGCAGCUUCAGCAGAGCGCUCAGCCGCCCCCGCCGCCACAGCUCCAGAACCUCAAUAACAACAACUUGGAAAGCGCCAACUGGCAGUCCUUCCACCCCACCCUGCGGGAGAGGAACGCGCUGAUGUUCAAUAACGAACUCAUGGCUGAUGUUCACUUCAUCGUGGGCCCGCCUGGGGCAUCCAAGAAAGUUCCUGCCCAUAAGUAUGUUUUGGCAGUUGGUAGCUCUGUCUUCUACGCUAUGUUUUAUGGCGAUCUUGCAGAGGUCAAAUCUGAAAUCCAUAUACCAGAUGUGGAACCUGCAGCCUUUCUAAUCCUAUUAAAAUAUAUGUAUAGUGAUGAAAUAGACCUGGAAGCUGACACGGUGCUGGCUACGCUCUAUGCUGCCAAGAAGUACAUUGUGCCGGCCCUAGCAAAGGCUUGCGUCAAUUUUCUGGAGACCAGUUUAGAAGCGAAGAACGCUUGUGUCCUGCUCUCUCAGAGCAGGCUCUUCGAGGAGCCAGAGCUGACGCAGCGCUGCUGGGAAGUGAUUGAUGCUCAAGCAGAAAUGGCACUGAAGUCAGAGGGCUUCUGUGAGAUAGAUCAACAAACACUAGAGAUCAUUGUAACCCGGGAGGCACUCAACACCAAGGAAGUGGUAGUUUUUGAGGCUGUUCUCAACUGGGCAGAGGCUGAAUGCAAAAGGCAAGGGCUACCAGUUACGCCACGCAACAAGAGGAAUGUAUUAGGAAAGGCUUUGUACUUGGUGCGGAUACCAACUAUGACUUUGGAAGAGUUUGCCAAUGGAGCUGCCCAGUCGGACAUCCUCACGCUUGAGGAAACGCACAACAUAUUCCUAUGGUACACAGCUGCAAAUAAACCCAAACUAGAGUUUCCACUGACAAAAAGAAAAGGACUCGUACCACAGCGAUGCCAUCGGUUUCAGUCGUCUGCAUAUCGCAGCAAUCAGUGGCGGUACCGAGGGCGAUGUGACAGUAUUCAGUUUGCUGUAGACAAACGGAUAUUUAUAGCAGGACUGGGAUUGUAUGGGUCAAGCUGUGGAAAGGCCGAAUACAGUGUCAAAAUUGAACUGAAGCGCUUAGGAGUUGUCCUUGCUCAAAAUCUGACAAAGUUUACCUCCGACGGCUCCAGUAACACGUUCUCUGUGUGGUUUGAACACCCUGUGCAGGUUGAGCAAGACACAUUUUACAAUGUAAGUGCUAUUCUUGAUGGUAACGAACUCAGUUACUUCGGGCAAGAGGGAAUGACUGAAGUGCAGUGUGGGAAAGUGACAUUCCAGUUCCAGUGCUCCUCGGACAGUACCAAUGGAACUGGAGUACAAGGAGGACAAAUACCUGAGCUCAUUUUCUAUGCAUGAUGCAUUUCACCUUGAUUGUAUUCCAGUACUGCAAUGAUGUGCAUUAAGGGAUUUUUCAGUUUUACUACAAACUCUGCAGCAGUAUGGAAUGUAUGCUACUUACCUAUCUGCUACAUCAGGCUAUACAAAUAAGUGAAGGAAUGCUCUUGAAUUUAAUCUUAUUUUAUUUAUUCAUAAGCUAUUUGACUUAAUUAAGACUGCAACAAGCAGAAAAAUGUUAAAUGCACAGUACGUGCAGGAUUUAUUUUGUAUAUAGAUAACUAACUUGCAGACUGCAGCUGACUUAAACAGAAUGUUCUAAACUAGAGCAGUUUAUGAAUCUCUGAAAUAUAAAACAUUUUUACAUGCCCUAAAUCCUGUGUACUUGCUCAUUGCUGAUCUUAUGGCUUGUCUGUUAAUUCAUCUACAGUACAGUUUAUGGGUGAUAAUUGUGCCCCAUGUGCAUCUACACAGGGCAUUAGCUAUCACUGUAAAUACAAGGCUUCCCUUGCCUGGUAACUGAGAAUAUCUAUCAGUGCCCUGUAUUUUCCUUUGCAAAAAGGAAGCUGACAGAUGUGGAAGCUCAGGGGCUUUUGCCUGUUGCCUAAGCUGAAUAUAGAUAGGCAAAGCCUGAGUGUAAUCAAAGCUGAUGAAAAUUAUCCUGUGGUCAUAUUUGAAAGCUUCUACUACCCAUUUCACAUGUAUCAUUUCUCUUAACCUCGAGCCUGCCCAGCAAACAGCAACACUGACACUUGCACCUGUCAAACUGCACCCUACUUGAAGGGCCAGAGUCAAAACAGAGAGAUAAAUAGCUUAAUGCAGUGACAGGCUUCAUCACAGAUUUAGUCCUGAGCUGCAAUACUGACAGCUGCUAACUAAAUACACAUCCCAUUCUCACAUUUAGGAGCAGACAUUAGACAAAUAAUUUCAAUAUGGUCUUUCAGU